AUGAUGACGGCUAACGAUAGCUUCAUCGAUAUUCUACCAAACGAAACUCUCAUCUCGAUCUUGGCCCCCUUCUCAACUCAAGAUUUACUCUCUUUCGCCCCGACUAACCGCCGCAUCUGCUCUCUUGUCACUCGUCUCCUUCACCAACGCCUGCUUCAAGCUGCGCCCCUUCCAGACAAUAAGCUUAUUUUAGAGUGUUACCACCCAAGCGAUCAGCUUUACACACCUUAUUUGGCAUGCCGCUACCAAGGUAUCGUGGGGCAAGACGGCCAGCCCAUCAGCGAAGAUAUGCCCGAGCUGUCUGAUCUACGAGCUUUGUAUGCCUCUUAUAAGCCCGUAUUCGCUCCCGAGAAUAGAAGUAUCAAAAGGAGCCGAAGACGUCCCACGGAGGCGCAGCCCUCUGAUGAUGUUGAAGAUGAUACCGCCACUCAAGAUGUGAACCUUGAUGAUGGGGAAAUGUUUUCUCAGCUUUGUGCUGUUACGAACCUUGUCAAGGAGGGUCCAAGGAGCGGACUAUUCAUAAGCCAUGUUAACAUUGUCGACGGGGUUAUCCGCGUCUUCCGAAAGUGGCUCGCCAAGAUGGCGAGCAAACAGGAUAAGUCUCAGUCUGACUCUGAGAAUAUCAUCUGGAUUGAUACGCAUAACAACGUUGGGAUACGAUUCAGCGUUGCACCGGCAGCAUCUGAAACUAUGCCGCUCAUCUCGGGUCCAGAUGACGAUCCACCAGUUCACUACAAGCUUGUAUAUGAAGAAUUGCUCGUAAGAGCUAGUAGUCUUCUCCUGGCUGUGGAGCAAUCGGCGGUCCAGGAAAUUGGAAGCUCUGGAAAGACUCUUGUGAUUCACGGCGCUGCCAUGUAA